AUGAAUGAUGAACAGCUAUUGAAAUAUCAUAUUGGCAAUAAUAAUGGCUUUUCAAAGUUUACUUUUGCUGAACUUGCAAAACAAAAUAUUACUAGUCAACAAUUAUACCAUUGGUCAGCACCAAUAGAUGUUGCUGAACAUUAUCAAUUUUAUUUAAAUCAAUUCUCAACAUCAAAUGACAUAUUUCUGGAAACUCGAGUAUUCUAUAAUUGUACAUUACCAAGAUUUGGUCUUAUGUGUCGAUAUGAAAUUACUUAUUAUCAUCAAAAUUAUUCAUCUUUAUAUGAAAUUAUUCAUGAUUAUUAUAGUACAUAUGCAUAUAAUCCUACUAAUUUCACCUGUUAUACUCAUUUAAAAUGUAACCGUGGUCCUUUUCCAGCAUGUUUAGAUUGGAGUGAAAUUUGUAAUGGACAAGUAGAUUGUCUUGAUGGUGAAUUCGAUGAAGAACACUGUUGGCAACUUGAAAUAAAUGAAUGUAAUGAUAAUGAAUAUCGAUGUAUUAAUGGACAAUGUAUACCACAGUUAUUUUAUCGAGAUGAUAUUAACACUCCUGAUUGUCUGGAUGGUUCUGAUGAAGCCCAAAUGCGCUUUCAUCAACUUGAAAAAUGUAAUACGAAUACACCAUCAUUUGAAUGUGAAGAAAAGAUAUGUCACCAUACAUUCGUAACAAAUUCUUGUAUAAAACAACGUGAAAGCUUACUUUUCAAAGCAAUCUAUUCUGUGAAAGACGAUUCAAUAUCUGAACAAUGUUGGUCAGCUUUGAAAUGUCUUUUACAAGUUCCAGGUUCAGAAGAGCCAUUUUGUACUGAAAUUUUUGAAAAAUCAGUAUGUGUAGAGAUUAUUAACAAUACAUGUCCAGAUAUGUUUUACAUUCCGAGUAUUCCUCUUCUUUUUGGUCAUAUUUACCUCGCACAUACAAAAAUGAUUCGUUAUCUUUAG